GUAGAAUUCUUAGAAGGAGCUAUUAUGGCAAUGUCUUUAUCUAACCUCAUGCAAAUAAAAGCUAACAUUAAUAACUUGUUUAUCCAGUGCUGCCGAAUGCUUCAAACUGAUGACAACAUGAUUAGAAAUAUCAAUGCUUUGCAGACAUUGUGUGUAUUAGUUCAGUCAAUUUAUCGUAAACAUUCAUCUUCUGAUUCCAGCAUUGAAGUGGUUGACAUUCUGAUUGGGGUUGAUGCUGCAGACUGUCAAAUGAGAAAUCUCAUUGAGUGCUUAUGCAAAUUCUUAUCAGAGGAAUAUCCUGUUAGUGUAAAGAACUUGUGCCUCAAAUUCAUACUCAUCAUCCUAACCUCAAUUGAUAACAUCAGUCAGAAUGUCAUGCUGGAAUAUUUCAUGCUCAACAGCAUAUUUGAAGCUCUCGUAUCGACAUUCUUUCAUCCUGAUGCUCGGGAGCACCACGGCUAUGAUGCAGCUGUUGCCCUAGCCCUGUUAGUCAAUUACAGGAAGCAUGAGGCUGCUAAUCUCUAUGUAAUCAAGCUCUCUGUCUUGGAUAAUGAGAUCAUUCUUAAUGGUUUGGGUCAUAUUAUAUCAGCAAUUUUAACUGAAUAUAUAAAACAAUAUUCAUCUUCUCAUGAAGAGCCAAAGUCAUUAAUAGGCGCUCUUACCAGCUGGGUAGGAAGUGCUUUAAUGCCAGCUGAAGCACCACCUGCUAAAGUCAGGAUUAGUGAGGCUUUAUUGCUAGUGCUAUAUGAAGCAGUCUAUCUUAAUAAACACUUUCACUCUGUCCUAACACAUACUCGAUCUGUUUCAACUCCAACCACACCUACCUCUCCUUCACCAGCUGUUCAUAAAAAUCUUCCAGUUCCCAGCUCUCCAACUUCCACUGACAUUGCUUCUAUUGUACCAAUGGCAGCACAGCCUAUGAACCUAUUGGGUAUUUUUAUUACAUUCACAUCAAUUAUCACACAAAACAUUAAAGACAAUAAAGGGAAGCAUAAUGCUAGACUUUGUCUUAUCAUUUUGAAUUGCACUUAUUAUUUUAUAAUUAUUUUUUGCAGAUAUUUUAUAGACUUCAAGAUGACGGUUCCAAAUGNAUACCCAGCCUCUCAUGUUCAGUAAGCUGA